AUGAAAGACAGUGCUAAAGAUAAAGUUUCUCGAAAUAGUGUAUCCAUAGUUUCACUGACUGUUGAUUUUAAUACUUUCAAUAUUUUUGCUGGUUCAAACUACUUACCAGUAGCUAUCGAUGGAACAACUGGUAUUUUGAAAGUUAUUGAAAGUGAUUAUGAAACAAUGAAGAAUAAUCACAUCAUCACUUUUCAAGUGACAGUUAGGAAUGCAAAUACUUCACUAAAUAUAACUGAUGAUGCAAUGGUCAACAUUCUAAUUGAUGAAAAUUAUUCUAACGAAGAAACAGGAAGUGAAAUCACUGCAGUCAAGAGGGGCGUCAUAGUUCCACCGAAUACUAUCAAUGUCACAUUUUCCAGAGUAUACAUCCAGGACAAUCCAAAUUAUUGUCUAUUCGAUACAUGGUUUAUUGAUUCGUCUUCGGAGUUCACAAUCACAAGUCAAAUAAGUGUUUCAUCCGCUCCUGCCAAUGAUUCAAAUGACUUCAGUAUUAGGAUGCGAUUCCAAGUUGGUCUUUUUCCUCAAAUGUCGAUUCCACCAAUAGGUGCCAAUUUAACAGUCAGAAUGGAGGCAUUGUUGACUCCAAAGGUUACUGUAGAUAUUCCCAUGAGAGUUUCCUCGAACUGUCCGAUUCAAUAUGAUUCAGUUAACUUUACCAAGUGCCCACCGAUAGUGGAAAUAGGUGGGGUUUAUGAAUAUUCUGUGGACUACUUUAUAAGCAGACCCAUUGGCGAUUAUGUGUUCACAUUCACGACUGAUGUGUUGAGUGCUUCGAUUGGACACAUAUCUUUGACGCUACCUACAACAUUCUCUACAUACCCAGAAGGUUACAAAAUAGAUACGCAACAAUUCGUUGGUGAUAACUUCGUACUGACUACCAUUGGCUACGUUAGCGUUUCAAAUCUACAAAAUCCAGGUGUUUAUGACACUACUUUGCCAAUGAUGAAUCGAUCAGUUCGUCUAACAGUUUUUAUCCAGAUAUAUAAACCAAAUUUGGUAUCCGUUAUGUUUGAAGCGAAAAUCUCACCAUUAGGUAAGAAUUCUACAGUGAAUUUUUGUGAGAGCCAACCCAUAGCAUUUACAGGUUUUAAUUUGGCUUGGAAAAGUAACUUGACAUUAAAGGAUACCUCAGUGGUGAAUCAAGCUGAAAAGUUGCAAUUCUUUAAUGUUGAACUGAGUGUUCCACCUUAUAUAGCAGCGACUUAUACUAUCCUGAUAACUAAUACUGGUAAACUAAUGACGGAACCAUGUUCCGUGGAUUACUUGUUAACAGAAAAUAAUUCAACUAAGAACGUAAGUUUAAAAUAUCAUAAUGAUUGUUUCCAUUUUCUUUGGUUUUUAAAAAAACUCUCAUAA